AGCUUUGAACCUUUCUUUUUGAGAAUAAUCUACUUGUUUUAGCAUAGAGCCCGUUUGUUUUCUUUUAGAGACACAGUAUGUUUGUCCAUUUGAGUAAUUUUGGGGAGAUCAAUGCAUAUCUUGAGCCGCAAAUGCCAUGAUGAUUGUGCAACGAAGCAGGUUGUUGUUGUUUAGAGUAUUACGUCACUUUGUGCCCCGGUCUACCCUCUCCUCUUCUUCCAAGAUGGCGAACGAAGCCGAACAAAAGAAUCUCAAACCCUUCCCGCAUUUCGGAACUUUGGCGAUCCAUGCUGGCCAAGAACCCGAACAGUGGAAUUCUAGGGCAGUUGUGCCGCCGAUUUCUAUGGCUACAACAUUUAAACAGGAUGACCCAGGAGUUCAUCGUGGAUUCGAAUACUCGCGGUCGGGGAACCCUACCAGGAACUGCUUUGAGGCUUGCGUGGCGGCUUUGGAGGGUGCCAAGCAUGGCUUGGCUACCUCUUCUGGUCUGUCAGCCACAAUGUUAUUGACUCACUUACUUAAGAGUGGGGAACACAUUGUUUGCGUGGAUGAUGUUUAUGGAGGUACCAAUAGGUACUUCUCAAAAGUGGCUGCUGCAAAUAUGGGAAUAGAAAUAUCAAUGGUGGAUGCAAGUGAUUUGAGUAAACUGAAAGCUGCCAUUAAACCUAAAACAAAG